UUCUGAGAUUUUUUGUACUGUUAUUAUGGUGAAUUUUAAAAAAUAAUAUAAAUGACAGGUCAACAUGCUUGGGGGGCGACGGCAUCCGCAAUGUGGAAGAAGGCGAGGGUAAUGGGGGCGCUUCGAACGGCGGGGAUCGCAAGCAGAUGGUCGAGGAAGUCUUGCAUGAACGAGCACGAGUUGGAGUCACUCGCGGCUGUCUUGACAAGGCCGAGGCCAGCCUUGGGCGGGAAAGGCGGCAGCUGGGUGGAAGUGGCCCGUUGGUGGUGAUGGAGCUUCUGCAGUUUCGCGUAGAACACCUUGCACGCAUGACGAGUACGCAUCACAUUAACGGGAACAGCGCGGCCGUGAAUGUUCACGCUGAAGUCGUACACGCUGCCGGUGAGGUGGGGGGUGAAGUGUUGCACCGUGACGACGUACAAGUUCACCCGAGCUGCUUCUCCCACAACCAACGACGUCGUUGUGGGGUCUUUGUCCGUAGGGAGUAAGCGCCGGGUACAAUUGGAUCGUCCGUACGAUGGUCUUGACGGAAGAGUGUCGGUAAGCAUAUCGGAUGUGCUUCGGGAUCUCUGAGUCACGAGAAUGGCAGGGACGGGCUCUGGCCGUUGCACGAUAUCGUCCUCGCAAGGAUGAAUUUCGUUGGUGGUGGUAUUUGAAGGGGUUCCUUGACUGUCUUCGCAGACGAUAGCUGUAGGCACAAGAGUGGUUUCAACCUCCGGGUCGUUCGAAGUAGUAGUCGGACAGGAAUCGUGUGUGAUUGCAGACGGAGCAACGACGUGUUGUUGUGAUUUUCGCGAUACGACGGGGGUGUACAUGAGCGUGUACAACCCGUCUCCGUCCAUACAGCCUCCAUCCUUGCCCUUGGGGUGCCGCGGGGACUCUGCUCCAUGGAGCAUCCCAAAGCAGCAGCUCACAACUUGUCCCAUCUUGUUGCUUGUCGAGUUGAGAACUUUGAAAAAAUGC